UACUAAGACGACCGGAAGUGUAUGAUAAAGGCGGAAGUUGAAAGUGUCGACAUCAUUCUCGUGUGUUUUCUGGUGCCUCCACAUUUUGAACAAGUUGAACAUUUGGUUAUCAAGUCAAAUACCCAGUCUGAGUAAAUAAUGUCUGACAACGAAGACAACUUCGAUGACGGAGAUUUCGACGAUGGGGAAGAAGAUGAAGGGUUAGAUGACUUGGAGAACGCGGAGGAUGAAGACCAGGAGAAUGUACAGAUUCUACCAGCUGGGGAAGGACAACAAGCUAAUCAGAAAAGAAUUACCACGCCUUACAUGACCAAGUAUGAGCGAGCACGAGUCUUAGGAACUCGAGCCCUGCAGAUUGCUAUGUGUGCCCCAGUUAUGGUGGAGCUGGAAGGGGAAACAGACCCACUUCAGAUUGCCAUGAAGGAGCUGAAGAGCAGAAAAAUCCCAAUUAUUAUCAGGAGGUACCUGCCUGAUGGAAGUUAUGAGGACUGGGGCUGUGAUGAACUUAUCAUAACAGACUAAGCUGACCUGACCUAAGCAGGACCAAGCACACCUGCACCCUAAAGAAUCAGACCAAUCCUCCAAGACCCAAACUGCAGCUGUUGUGAAAAAAGCAAGUUUGGAAAAAAGACAUUGAUUCACACGUCAACCAUAAACAGAGGUCCCAGUUAUCACUCAAAAUGAACACAAAAUGGUAUUGUUUUGAUUGGCUGCUCAAUCAAUCAGUGGUCCAACCCCCAGCUCUCCAUCUGGAACUUUCUGCUGCAUGCCCACCUCUCCUCCACUAGGUGGACUUCUGAAUCAGGAGAAAAGAAUGGGUAUGAACACAGCAGUGUGGAAUAGUUUUGAGUUUCUCUUUAUUUUAAGUAGUUAUUAAAAAUGUUUUGUAAGAAAUUGCUUUGAAUUUGUGUAUGAGUUUUCUUGUGUAGGUAAAUUAUAUGGACAGGCCUAAUGCCGCACAUAUAUGUUGUGGUUUCAGAUAAAUACAUUUGAUACAUAAGGGUCUGUUAUCACUGAUAUAUGUGAUUCAAGAGGGUUUUCUCUGAAAAACUAACCUUUAUUGUCUAUGAAGGUAAUGGGUAAAAUACAACCUUGCAAACGCCAACACCACAGUAGGCAAUUCAAAGCCUUCCGAAACAUCAGCAGCACUACUUUGAGCGCUGAUAAAGAAAUUUGCUCAUUUUUCCGAAUUGGUGCUAUGCUGCUCAUGCUGUUCCAUAUCAUGGGUUUCUGACACCAAAUUACAUUUGCACAAGUGUGUCAAUAUGAAUUUGAGGGUGAUACAAUAACUAGUUACAAACAAAAACAUCCCCAAUAAAUGGUUAAAAACCUCCAUGCUGUUUAACACAUAAAAUAAAGUUUCAUAAAUAUGAA